GCGGGGGAGAAACCUCCAGUGACAAUUGCGUCUGGGUCCUAGCAAACAUGAGGCAGCUGCCAGCUCGACCAGGCAGUCUGGCUUGUUCGGGCUGCAAAGCGGGAAGGCUGGUGACAGUCCCCUUCAGCUGCGGAGAUGCAGAGGACCAAGCAGGAAGCAAUGAAGGCGUCAGAUGGCAGCCUCCUAGGAGACCCUGGGCGCGGACCGCUGAACAGAAAGGAAGGCCUCAAGUGGCAGAGGCCAAGGUUCACCCGCCAGGCCCUGAUGCGCUGCUGCUUGAUCAAGUGGAUCCUGUCCAGUGCUGCCCCGCAAGGCUCAGCAGUGACAGUGAACUGGAGUUGUCCACGGUGCGCCACCAGCCAGAGGGCUUGGACCAGCUGCAGGCCCUAACCAAGUUCACCAAGAAGGAGCUGCAGUCCCUUUACCGAGGCUUCAAGAAUGAGUGUCCCACGGGCCUGGUGGAUGAAGAGACCUUCAAACUCAUUUACUCACAGUUCUUUCCUCAGGGAGAUGCUACCACCUACGCACACUUCCUCUUCAAUGCCUUCGAUGCUGAUGGGAAUGGGGCCAUCCACUUUGAGGACUUCGUGGUUGGGCUCUCCAUCCUGCUCCGAGGGACGGUCCACGAGAAGCUCAAGUGGGCCUUCAAUCUCUAUGACAUUAACAAGGAUGGUUACAUCACCAAAGAGGUACUGGGUUGGCAAACGUGCCUGUCCCUACUCUCCUGAGCUCCUGGCUUCCCUUUUCUCCUGAUGCCACUAGCUUGGUGAUUCUCAGCCCUGCCUAGGGACCUUGCCACACAGUCCCAGGGGAGGUCUGGUUUGGCCCAAACA